AUUUUUUUGACGAACAAAACUUCGAUUUGAUGAAGAUUUUUACAUGGAUUAAUUGCUCUAAAUUCCAUGUAAAAUGCAAAUAUAAUGCUCGAUGGGACGCCAAAUAUACACAGCUGUUUACAGCUUUCUUCUGAAAAUGAACGGAUCAAAGCUAAAUACAAAAAGCUUCAAAGGAAGAAUACAUUGCUUGAGAAGGAAUUGAACCACUUAAAAGGCCAGCUUACGAACGAGUGGUCCACAAAGAGCCGAGCUCCGACCAGAAGUGUUCAUGUUCAAACUGACCGCAAGUUGAUUAGCAAGCAGUAUGUCCGACCUGCUACAACACAGGCAUUGACCAAGCAGCCACAGGAUGAAGGAAUCGAAAAAUCCGAAAAGUUGCUGGCCAUGCAUACCAACCUGUUGAAGAGAUACCAGAAAGAACUCAAAACAAAUACCGCACAAGUUGAGCAAAUAGCUUCACUCACGCUUGAGAAUAUUGAGCUGAAACAAAAGCUGGAAGAGACUUUCAACAAGUUGAGAGAACAAGAAAAGGAGAAUGAAACACUGCAGCUAAGAAUGAAGAAUAUAACAGUUAAAGACAGGGUUACUCCAUCUAAAAGAGAUUUACUUGCAGACCUUGAAAAGGUGACCAAAGAAAGAAACAGUUUACUGCAGGAGAGAAAAAAGUUCAAAGGUUCCUUCAUKUUUCUACUCCAGGGAUUUUUUGAAGAAAUAGAAGAUUUAAAAUAUGCUCUACAGCAAUCUGCAAAACUUAAUUCUGCUUAUGAAGCAGCUCUAAGAAGACUGUGUACUCAGUUUGGUGUCCCAUUACCAUCUGUAACUGGUUCUGGGAAAAAGAGACACAGAAAAAGACAGCAACAGCGGGAAUUCAAAUGAAACUUGAUAAUGUACAAUGCUAUGCAACAAGUAAGAAAUAUCUGACCAGGUUGUCUGUCUUCUGCAAUACAUAGACUAAAACAACUGUCAUUUUAUCAGCGCAUCUUGAAUUCUGACUGGUCUCAUUGUUCAAUAAUUCUAGUUCUGUCACAGGUAGCCCAAGCUUGGUUUCUUUGGCGUUCUGUUAUAAGGAAAUGUAUGGGGAUUCAUCAAAAAUGUCAAUAAAAUCAU